AUGGCAUCAGACGGACACCCUCCGGAGAACCUAACAGACCUCUUACGCUCUUUGGAAACUUACGAUCCUUUGAUUCCCGACGACCUGACUGCAUACUAUCUGCAAAGAUCUGGCGUCAGAAAUCCCAAUGUUCACGUCACUCGCCUUGUGUCAGCAGCGGCUCACAAGUUCAUAGGAGAGGUGGCCAGCGACGCUCUACAGUUCUGCAAGAUCCGGCAGGCAGGCAGUGGCAAGGAGAUAAAAGCCAGAGGGCCCAAGGAGAAGAAGAUUGUACUCACUACAGAGGACCUCGCUGCUGCAUUGAAAGAGGUGGAGAUGUGCGAGAGAGGAGCAGCACAGAAGGGUGGUGUGACAGAGGAGAGAAGAGAAGGAGGAGAGGGAGCAGAUGCUGAGAAAGGGGGGGAGACAGAGGAGAAGCAACAGCAGGAGGAGAGGGAGAAGGGUGUUGAAAAUGAGGCUGAUAUCGACGAAAAUAAUGGCAGUAGGGAGGAGUAUUACCGUUACAAUGAUGGUGCUGCUGACGAGGCUGACGUGGAUGAUGAGGAUGAUGACGAGGAUGAGGAUGCAGAUGCGGACGAGGUGUUGACAGUUGACGAUGCCAUUGAUUCCAUCGGCUUCGGCCCCUACCAGUUGUUCCUCGUGUGCUACACUGGCCUCGCAUGGCUCGCUGAUGCCAUGGAGAUGAUUCUGCUCUCCUUUGUGGGACCAGCGGCACGGUGUGAGUUUGGUCUGUCAGCAGCAGAGGAGAGCCUUAUUGCGAGUGUGGUGUUUCUGGGUGUAUUUCUGGGCUCGUACGUGUGGGGCCUCGUGGCAGAUGCUUAUGGGAGAAGGAGGGGGUUCAUGGCCACUGCUCUCUUCACUCUCUUCGCUGGCUUGCUCAGUGCCUGGUCACCCACCUUCCUCACUCUCCUCGUCUCGCGCUGCCUCGUGGGGUUCGGCAUUGGAGGGGCAUCGGUGGUCUUUUCCCUCUGCUCCGAAUUCCUUCCCUCCCACUCUCGGGGUUUCUGGCUCGUCUUUAUUGAGUUUUUCUGGACUAUUGGCUCGCUAAUAGAGGCGGCACUUGCUUGGGCGGUCAUGCCGAGCCUACACUGGAGGGUGCUAGUGCUCCUAUCAGCGACGCCCUUUGCUCUCCUGCUGCUGCUCUACCCCUUCCUUCCUGAAUCGCCCCGGUUUCUCCUG